AUGACUGAUCCUUUUUCGAUCGCCGUCGGAAUCUUGACCAUAGUUGGUGCAUGCUCUAAGGGGGUGAAAUCGCUACGAACGUUCGACGAAUCGCUUAAGGAAUAUGUGCGCCUCGAGACAGAGUUGAAUCAUUUACACGACGUUAUCAAUUUUGUUGAUGGAUUAGGCUUUGAGCAUCAGCUGACGAGCCAUCCAUUGACUAAAAAUUUAACGCUUGUACGAGACAAGCUACAAGAAGUGCACAACUUCAUACAAAAGUCUUUGCGUCAUUCACAUCUGUUGCAGAUAAAGCGAAGACGUCUGGUCUGGCACAAGAAUCAACUGAACACCUUUGCGAGAGAUAUUGAGACUGCUAAGGCUCAUAUUGUUGACAGCAUGGUGCUGUCUAACCUAUAUUACACGCUCCAUCUAUCUACUCAAUUGGCCGGCACACACGACUUUUCUCCCCAAUUUACUAGUCGGUCUCUAUUAGAUCAUGCCCAACCGACAGUUUGUGCACCACAAACCGGGCUUCACGGUUUCUUGACUCGAGAUGACCGUAAACUAGCCGACAAUUCGGCACGAGUACUGCAGCUGAAUUUGAAACCCAUCUUUGAUGAAGAAGACGACGAGAAACAAUUGGGCCUGACCUUGAAGGGCGGUUCGAAGACCCACAACGGGACAUGUAGGCAGAUCCAGAACCCGGACGAAGUCUUUGAAAGUACUCCUUCCGAGACGUCUGAUGUCUUUGAUGACUGUGUCUCACACCUUUCCGACGACAGUCCUCGUACACAGAUCGACAGACUUCAAGCACAUUUCAUGAGCAGAGCAUCGCCCGACGACUUCUUUCAGAACCCUCUAACAUUCUUUGGGGAAUCAUACACUAUUGAAAGCCGAUUAGGGGACUCUGCUGCCGUAGUUGCCAUGACUGAAAUUCGGUGUUCAAGUAUAAAUCGACUACAGAAAUACUUUCUCAUAUAUGCUGAGUCGCCUAGGCUUUGGCGUAGAGUGACAGUCUCUGCGAAGAUUUUGAGAUCUUCUGGAUCUUCGAUCGACUCCCAGGUCGCAGCCCCAGAUCUCAUACUCUCUACAUACAAAACUCUACCUGGAGAUCUUCAAUAUCAGCUCCAAGAGCUUCUGAAAAGCACGACUUUGCUUGAUACAGUCACUAGGGUAUCAAUGACGGUUACAGAGUACUGUGUAGGGAAGUACAUGAUUGACACUCCUAGCGUUGUCGUUUCCGAAGACCUUGAAGAAACGCAACGAGGAUGUGAGCAAGAAAUGCUACGCGAAAUCGAACACACGGAUCGUCAACAAUAUUUGCAAAGCGAGAUCAUUGUACAAGAACGCUUGGACGCCGUUACUUAUAUUGCGCAAGUCGAAAGUCGUUCUUGUAUGGAACGGAAGAUGCCUUUCCGAGGAGCAGGGAUGCCAGGCGACAACGGACUGAAUCGGUUCUGGCAGGAUUUGAGAUUGGCAAAAUCGUUGUACGAGUGUAACGGCGUUGUUAAACUCAUAGGCGUCGUGCUGGAUGAUUCGAGGACACAUUUGAAGUCGUUCCUCCAGGAAUUACCUGCUCUCGGUACCAUCCGCUCGAUACUCGCGCACGCAGAGCUGAGAGGAGAGCGAGUACCAUGGUCAGUGAGGGCAGCAUGGGCGAGUCAAAUCAUUACCACCGUAGCUGAAAUUCACUCCAAAGGUUUCGUUGCCGGCUUGCUUCACAUAAACUUCACGGGAGUACAAUCAGAUGGGCGCGCAGUCCUUAACCUUCGAAAGCGAGGAUAUAGACAUUCAAUCAAUCGAGAAGGCGAGAUAGCUCCAGAGUCCCGGACUGUUCCAAUACACAGUGUUCAGCCGCGAGAACUCAAUUUUGCGUCAGACAUCUUCAUGCUAGGGAUGUUGCUUUUCCAUUUGGCAGAGCACAGGAUUGACAUUGCUGGAUACCUGUGUAUGAGGAAUGCGUGCACAAGCGUGCCUCGCCAUUCAUGCCCAGCUGGGCAUAUCAACCCGGUUGAACUGCCUCCUUGCACUGACAGAGAGGUCCCCGAAGCAUUCAAUACAAUGAUUUACCUGUGCAGACAAGCCGAUCCGACAAAACGACCACCUGCGCGGAAACUACUGCGGUAUUCGGAUGCGAACUGGUAUCCGCCAGAGAUGGUCGACCUGCGAGUGAAAUAUGCUAAUACCCAUGGUCAUCUUGUUGACUGCAAUGAGUGCGGUGCUGGGGUAGGUCGACAGGCUUGGUACCAUUGCAAUAUAUGCCAUCUUGCCGACUUUGAUCUCUGCUCUUCUUGUGUCGUCUCGCAAGGUAUUCAUUGUCUGGACAGGAAGCACCAAUUGCUAAAGAGAACCUUUAAGGACGGCCGCAUUACGAAUGUGAUGUGA